AGACCCCGCCCCAGACGUUCGGGAUUCGUCGGACGCCGCGGGUCCCUAGUGGCGCCCGUUGCCAUGGUGAUCGCCGCCGCGGGCCCAGCCGGACCAGGCAGCGCGGAGCCCCGAGCUUCUGCAGCCGCAGCGGAACCUGAACGCGGCCUGGGCCCCGGAGCCGCCUCUUUCUACGCGCCCGCACUGGGCCAGGCCGGUUCUGGUCCUGGAAAGAGCAGGACUGCAAGGAUGAGGUCCUCCCUGAUGCCUUUGGGGCCCCCUGUGAGCCGGGACCGUGUCAUCACCAGCUUCCCUAAGUGCUACAUGCCAGACGCCUGCCUGCAGCUCAAGGAGCACUUCCACGGGCAGGUCAGCGCCGCCUGCCAGCGCAGGAACACGGGGACCGUCGGGCUCAAACUCUCCAAGGUGGUUGUCGUUGGCGAUCUCUACGUGGGCAAGACCAGCCUCAUCCACAGGUUUUGCAAGAAUGUUUUUGACCGUGACUACAAGGCCACCAUCGGGGUGGACUUUGAAAUCGAGCGCUUUGAGAUCGCUGGGGUUCCCUACAGUCUCCAGAUCUGGGACACAGCAGGGCAGGAAAAGUUCAAGUGCAUCGCCUCCGCCUACUACCGGGGUGCCCAGGUGAUCAUCACGGCCUUUGACCUCAGUGACGUGCAGACUCUGGAGCACACCAGGCAGUGGCUGGAGGACGCGCUGAGGGAGAACGAGCCAGGCUCCUGCUUCGUGUUCCUUGUGGGAACCAAGAAGGACCUUCUGUCAGGGGCGGCGUGUGAGCAGGCAGAAGCAGAGGCCGUGCGCCUGGCCAACGAGCUGCAGGCUGAGUACUGGUCGGUGUCAGCCAAGACGGGGGAGAACGUGAAGGCGUUCUUCAGCCGUGUGGCCGCCCUGGCGUUCGAGCAGUCGGUGCUACAGGACCUGGAAAGGAGGAGCAGCGCCCGGCUCCAGGUCGGCGACGGAGACCUCAUUCGAAUGGAGGGAAGUCCAGCUGAGACCCAGGAGAGCAAGAGUCCCUCUGGCCUGGGUUGCUGUUAGCUGAGGCCUACGUCAGAGGCCUCCACUCCGCACACACGCGUGGACACUGCCUUCUGUGACUGGAGGGGCGACAUGGAGCCCGAGCUCUGUGACGUGUCUGUCCACCCACCAUGCUGCGCCCAGCACUCAGCCCUUCUCUUUAGAGGGUCGGGAGCCAGGAAAGACCCCCACUGGCUGCCAGGGCCCCACACUGCCCGGCUGGUGGGUGCGCUGUGGUGACCGUCUGGAAGGCCAGUCGCACCUACAGAGUCAUCAGACUUUCCCCUCUGGCCUUGAGAGGCCUCAGGACUACAGACACAGGAGGCUUGUGCCCCAUGACCCGCAGCCCUCCCCCCCCGGCACUCAUCAGCAGUCCACCUGGGCCCUCUCCCAGCUUUUUUGGGUUGCCCUCAGAAUCCUUCUCAUCUCAGGGGUGCAGGCAAGCAGGACUUGUCAAGGUCAGCCUGUGAGGGAAAACCCUCUACCAUUCCUGCUUGGGACUUUUCUGUUGUCAACGGGCCUUCCUCAUUGUCCACUGUACCUUUGCCACAGAUUUGCGAGGCCCGUGGGCAGCCCUGCCCCUCUGGAGGAGGGUGGCUGAGAAGGUCUCUCAGGCCCCUCUGACCGAGGGACCAUCUCCGACUCUCCCACCAUCCCCAGGUCCUGCCCUCCUGGUCCGUGGGCGAGGAUGGGCACAACAGGCCGCUCGCGCCCCUCCGGGCCCCCUGGACAGUGAAUUUCCCCAGCUGUGCUGUGGGGAGAAGACCGCCCAGUGCUGCUACAUCCCCUGUUUGUGUCACUGCCUGGCUCUGCUGCCUGCAGCAGCCAUCCAUGCUCUGCCAGACCGGCACCCACUGCUGCCCCUGCCACCCCUCUCCCGCCUGACUGCAAGGAAGGGCCUGGGAACCAGCGCUGGGCACAUGCCUCUCAGGACCUUGGUGAUGGCAUCCACGCAUCUUUGGAGGACGUCAGAGGCCAACUCCACCACCCUCUCUUGCACACCAGCUCCGCUCAGAUUGUCCCACCCUCUGCCCCAGUCUGCCCACUCGUCCCCGCCCACCUCGUGCCCUAGGCCGGCGGGCAGUCUGGCCUCCACCUGCUCCUUGUAGACGGCCAGCAUCUUUUGGGCUGCCUUGCUGGUCGGAGCCGUCUCCCAGUGCCCCAAGCAGUGCUGGCGCACUGCAGGCGCCCAGUGGGUGCUUGUCGGCCCACAGCGAUCGCCAGAUAUCACAGAAGAACACUGGCAUCUUUUUCUGUUCGUUUCCCUUUCACCACAUUUUUAGCUCUCUCUUUUUAUAGAUAUGAAAAAAUACUUUUUAUAAAUCACUCUUAAAGGAAUCACGUUCAUGCUUAUUGUAAAACAAAACAGUGCAAAGCUUUGUAUAAAACACAAAGUGGAAGUCCCCUCCCGUUGGUGGCACUCCCCGGCAGGAAGCGUUGUUAACAGCUGGUGGGAUUCCUUCCAGACUGUUCCUACAUGAGCUUGUUUGCUGUUUAACCAGAAUGACCUCUUGGCGCACCCGCUGCCAGCACCCUGCAUUCUGGAUGACCUGCCGAGGCGCCCUCACUGUGGGCGCGUGCCCAGCCUGCUGCUGUCUUUGGCAGCUGCCAGUUUUCCUUCCUGUGGCUAGCCCGGAGUCCACCCACCGUGCCCUGUAGGUGGGACAUUUGGUUUGUGCCCAGCUUUCAGCCCCAAAGGUGCCACAGUGACCAUCCCUGUCAUUACAGCUUUGCACCCUCUGGAUUCCCCGAAGAGGCCUUGCUGGCCCUUCUGUGGACUGUGGCCCCGGCUCGGUCCACUGGACCCAGUCUGGGGGGCAGGCCACACUGGGGGUGCAUUGAGACCGGGUGUGCAGCACACAAGAGGAAGCGUCAUGGGAUGGGAGAGCCUGCGAGGGUGGGCUGGCACUCUCCACGCUCCUCCCCUCAGCCCUUCAGGCCCAGGUUCAGGGGCAAGAAUCAUGUCCUGAGCUAGAAACAAGCCAUUUCCUGUGCUCCCGCCCGCCCCAUAAACGGCCCUUUAUUAAACACUCCUUGUGCCGUCA